AUGGCGCUCUCCGGUUCCCUCGUCCUCUUCUCCCUCCGCCGCUUCGCCAAGCCCAGCCUCGACGACGACGCCCCUGCUUCGGACGACCCCGCGUCCCUUCGUCCAUGCCUCUCCUCCCCCUCCUCCUCCCCAGAGAAGCGCCCGCGCGGUGGGAAGCUGCGGCGGAAGGGGGAGACGGCCGAGCCGACGUGCAGGGGAAGCGUGACGGGAUCGGACCACCGGAUGCCGGCGAACCGGGAGGCUCUGUACCGCGGCAUGCUCCGCGACCGCUCCGUGCACAGGACCGCCUACUCCUACUGA